CCUCUCAAACUCUCAUAGAGUAAUUCCAUUCCAAAAUUAAUUUUCUCUAUUCUUUCCAAACCCUCCAUCAUAGAACUGUUUUCUUUUUUCUGUUUAAUUGACAGUUAAUUUAGUUUCUUCAACAUUGAUUGUCCAUGAUGAAGAGAGAAUUCAGAGAAAUUGAUCAUAGCAUAACCAUGGCAAACUACUUGAUGUUGCUUUCUCAGCAGGGAGGUCCAUAUGAAACAACAACAACCUAUGUGAACUCUUCCAACAACAACAACAACCGUGUCUUUGAGUGCAAGACAUGCAACCGGAAGUUCCAGUCUUUUCAGGCGCUCGGUGGCCACCGUGCGAGCCACAAGAAGCCGAGGUUGGAAGAUGGAGGUGAGAGUAAUGAUCAUGGUUCAUCACCACCAAAGGCUAAAACUCAUGAGUGCUCCAUUUGUGGAUUGGAGUUUUCAAUAGGGCAAGCUUUGGGUGGACACAUGAGGCGUCACAAAACACCUUCAAAUAAAGGAUCCGCGACUACUAGUAGCAGUGGUGGUAGCGGUAGUGGUACUAUUGAUACUUCAGCAAACAGGGAGAAGGAAAACAGGAGGGUUUUGUUUCCAGAUUUAAAUUUGACUCCUAUAGAGAAUGGUCUUGUGUUUUUGAAGAUUGGACAAGCAACUCCUCUAGUUGAUUGUUUCAAUUGAAUUAGGGAGAAGUUGAUGAACUUACUAUGUGCCACAUAGGUAGAUUGAUAUUUUUUUACUAUCAUGUUGUAUUUUACUUCACUGUAUGUAUGUAAAUAAAGGGUUCAGUACUUCUUGGAUAUAUAUGAGAAAUUCAUGUUAUUCUUUAA